UCUCGUUUAAACAUCAUCCACUAAACGGGGGACGUAUCAUUUUUCGCCUGACGCGACACCAACGCGGCACCGCCUGUGCUCCUCAAGUCGCUCGCUCGUCGAUCGCCGGUCGAUCGUUCAGUCGAUGAUGAAAUAACCGCAGAACGGCCUUGAACGCCCGGGCAGCCGCCUUUAUGGUUUGAAAACUUGUACGCUGCUCGAAAACUGGUUCCCAAUCGUACCGCACGAAGUUUCAGUCUCGUCCCAGUUGCUUUUGCCAGUGAUCGAUUGCCAGAGGGAUUUGUUAAAGAGCAUCGAGCGGAUUAUCUGAGAGGUAUCGAGCAGGAAGGCACCGAAGGAAGACACGAAGGAUUCGGAAUAAUAGUGACAUUCGUUGGAUGCUAAGAUGGCUUUGACAGAAAAAAGGGACAGACUCACGUUCACCGACAUGAAGGAUUUUCCCUCCUUCAAAUUCGGCAACUACACUUACGCAAUCGAGAUGGACCCACUUAGCCCGGAGUUUCAGGAAGUCGCGAGAAAGGAACUUCGUGAAACACCGGAACUUCAAAAGGAAGCGAUCGCCAGACUUAGAGAAUUAUUGAAAGGCGAAACCAACUUGAAGUGGCCGGAUAUCGAUACCUGGCUGAUUCGGUUCCUCAGGCCGUGCAAAUACUAUCCAGAGUCCGCGUUCAAUCUCGUGAAGAAUUACUACAGCUUCAAGGUGAAGCAUGCCGACAUAUACAACGACCUGAGACCCAGUCGAGAGAAGAACAUAUUCGAGCAGAACAUUCUGGUCGUGUUGCCACUACGGGACCAAUACGGACGAAGGAUGUUGGUGAUCGAAAUUGGGAAAAGAUGGAAGCACAACAAGUGCAGCCUAGACGAAAUAUUCAAGGGCUGCGUUUUCUUUCUGGAGGCCGCCAUCUUGGAGCCAGCCACGCAAAUCGCCGGCGUUGUGGUUAUUUUCGAUAUGGACGGGCUCACACUUCAACAGGCUUGGCAGUUCACGCCGGCGAUCGCCAAGAGGAUAAUCGAUUGGUUGCAAGACUCGGUACCGAUCAGAGUUAAGAACAUUCACAUUGUCAAUCAACCGUACGUGUUCAACAUGGUGUUCGCGUUGUUCAAGCCGAUCUUGAGGGAGAAACUGAGGCGCAGGCUCAUCUUCCACGGAACAGAUCGCAAAUCGUUGCACCAAUACAUCUCGCCAAAGUGUUUACCCAUUGCUUAUGGCGGGGACAUUGAUAUUCCACGUGUCGAGGGAAAACAGUGGUUGGAAUGGUUACUAAUGUGCGAUAACGAAUUCGACGCGAUCAACUCGUACGGCUAUAACAAAUAAUUCAUGCGCCUUCAAGUCUCUACGUGAGGACAAAGAAUGACGAUUGCUCGGUCGAAAAUCGAUAAUCUGAACGAUUUUUCGAGCAACGACGACGGCUGUGAAUUCUUCCAACAAGGUGUUGAUCCAGAUUCGACAUACGGCCUAUCUGUUUGUUUAUAGACGAUUAUAAAUUGGUCUCUAGUUAACUAGUGUAUUUUUUUUUUUUUUUUGCAAAAUACGAAUGGAAAGUUAAUAGACAAGUUGUUUCAUUUCGUUAGUAUGCGUAGUCUUUGAUUUAUCGUUUACUACUAUAGCGGAAGACCGAUUGUGUCACCAGCAGGAUUUUAUACACUGAAGAUUAGAAUAAUUUUACAUGAUGUUACAGCGAUAUUUAUUUUUUUAUGUCCUUUUGAUAUUUGAUAUUCCGAUAUUUUAAUAGAAUGUUGUAAACUUGUUGAAAACGGAACGUGGCUUAACUGGAGAAUCCUCCGAGACUUUAGAAGAAUUUACCAGCUGAUAUGUUCCGUAUAAAUUUAGUUGUUAAUUAAUUUAUUGUUAAACAUCGAGGGUCUAUCGUAAGGGAAUAUGCUUACAAAAUUAACUUGCUUAAUGCGUUA